CAUUCUUGUUCUGCUUUUAUACUACCCUAUUAACUAGCUGCCAAGGCUUUCUCAGGAGUUAGUCGAUUAUCAAUCUCGAUCUUGAAGCUCCAACACUCGCCACCAUCGCCAAGAUGGCAGCUCCUGAUAUAUCGCAGGAAACCAAAUUCCCUGAAAAUGACCAUGUUGCCACCAAAUACAGCCUACUAGACACUUCAGAUGCAUUGACUCCAGACCCAGGCAAUGAGGACAUGUUCAGAACUGAGCAAAGCAAAUUUGCUUUCAGUCCAGGCCAGCUUUCUAAGUUGCUCAAUCCCAAGAGCCUCAACGCCUUUUAUGCUCUUGGGGGAAUUGAUGGUAUGGAGAAGGGACUGCAUACAGAUCGCAAUGCUGGCCUCAGUACCGACGAGUCCACAGUGGAUGGAGAGGUCGCAUUCCACGAAGUUGCGCCAAAAGGAACACCAAAACAUGGGACGGCCGGCGAUGCAAUACCGGAGAGUAAUGCUGAAGCAGCAGUUCAUAUUCCUCCUCCUGAGGACCCCAACCCUACUGGGAUAUUCUGUGAUCGAAAAAAGAUCUUCAGAGACAAUCGCCUUCCUGAUAAGAAGACAAAAUCCCUCUUGGAGAUUGCCUGGACUACCUAUAACGACAAAGUUCUCAUUCUCUUGACCAUUGCGGCGAUUAUAUCACUAGCUCUAGGCCUUUACCAAACCUUUGGAGGAGCGGGCAGUAUUGUUGUGCUGGUCGGUACAAUCAACGAUUGGCAUAUGCAGCGACAGUUCACUCGACUCACCAAGAAAACCAAUGAUCGUAUGGUCAAUGUUAUUCGUUCAGGGAAGUCCCAAGAGAUAUCCAUCAACGACGUAAUGGUCGGGGAUGUCAUGCAUCUUGCCACGGGAGAUAUCGUACCAGUAGAUGGCAUCUUUAUUCAAGGCAGCGCCGUCAAGUGUGAUGAGUCCUCAGCUACUGGAGAGUCGGAUCUGCUCCGAAAGACACCAGCAGCAGAUGUUUUCGAUGCAAUCCAGAAACUCGACACCAAGGAGGCAGAGAAGCUCGAUCCUUUCAUCAUCUCAGGAAGCAAGGUCAAUGAGGGCAAUGGAACAUUUCUUGUGACUGCUGUGGGUGUCAAUUCCAGCUAUGGCCGAAUCUCAAUGGCCCUCCGCACCGAACAGGAAGACACACCUCUGCAGAAGAAGCUUAACAUCUUGGCAGAUUGGAUCGCCAAAGUAGGUGCUGGCGCCGCGCUAUUGUUAUUCGUCGUGCUCUUCAUCAAGUUCUGUGCUCAGCUUCCAAACAACCGCGGAUCUCCCUCUGAGAAGGGUCAAGAAUUCAUGAAGAUUUUCAUCGUAUCAGUCACUGUUGUUGUAGUGGCUGUCCCCGAAGGAUUACCCUUGGCAGUCACACUGGCACUGAGCUUUGCGACUGUCAAGAUGCUCCGCGACAACAAUCUCGUUCGAAUCCUCAAGGCCUGCGAGACGAUGGGAAAUGCCACGACUGUUUGCUCUGAUAAAACCGGGACACUUACCCAGAAUAAAAUGACGGUAGUUGCCGCCACACUUGGUAAAACAACCAGUUUCGGCGGUACUGAUCCGCCAAUGGACAAGUCCUUGUUCAUCGAACGGAAGGCUUUCACUGUACCCAAUGUCCCAGACGCCGACUUCGUGAAUGGACUAAGUCAACAAGUCAAGACUCUACUCAUCCAGUCCAAUGUGCUCAACUCAACGGCCUUCGAAGGUGACCAGGAUGGUCAGAAGACAUUCGUCGGUUCUAAGACUGAGGUUGCUUUACUUACCUAUUGCCGAGACCAUCUGGGAGCUGGGCCAAUCCAAGAGAUACGAUCGUCUGCCAAUAUCGUGCAGACAGUGCCUUUUGAUAGCAAGAACAAGUACAGUGCUGUAAUUGUUAAGCUGCCCAGUGGAAAGUAUCGCGUAUACGCAAAGGGCGCUUCUGAGAUAAUGCUGGAAAAGUGCACCAAGUGUCUCGAAAAUGUGUCGCAGGGGGAAACGAUGUCGGUUCCCCUGAAUGAAGCCGAUCGAGACAUGAUCGGUAUGAUCAUUAGCUCCUAUGCAGGACAGACUCUCCGAACCAUCGGGUCAUCAUAUCGCGACUUCGAAUCUUGGCCACCUGAGGGAGCUGUCUCCCCAGAUAACCCGCAAUACGCAGACUUCAAUGCUGUGCACCAAGAUAUGACGCUGGUUGGAAUCUACGGUAUCAAAGACCCGCUGCGACCGACUGUAAUCAGUGCUCUUGAGGACUGUCGCCGGGCUGGCGUCUUUGUAAGAAUGGUAACCGGUGACAAUAUCCAAACAGCCUCUGCUAUUGCCUCCGAAUGUGGUAUUUUCCGUCCUGAUGAAGGUGGCAUCGCGAUGGAAGGCCCCGAAUUUCGAAGACUUCCACCUGAAGAGCUCAAACAAAAGGUGAGACAUCUUCAGGUUCUGGCCCGCUCAAGCCCCGAGGAUAAACGGAUCCUGGUCCGUACCCUUAAAGAUCUCGGGGAAACAGUGGCAGUGACAGGUGAUGGAACGAAUGACGCGCCAGCUUUGAAGAUGGCAGACAUUGGAUUCUCCAUGGGCAUUGCUGGAACAGAAGUGGCUAAGGAAGCAUCGUCGAUUAUCCUUCUUGAUGACAACUUUGCUUCCAUUGUCAAGGGCUUGAUGUGGGGUCGUGCCGUUAAUGAUUCUGUCAAAAAGUUCCUUCAGUUCCAACUGACUGUCAACAUUACAGCCGUGGUAUUGACAUUUGCCUCAGCUGUUGCAAGCAGCAAGCAGGAAUCUGUUCUCAACGCUGUUCAACUCCUUUGGGUCAAUUUGAUCAUGGACACCUUUGCAGCCCUUGCAUUGGCCACAGACCCCCCUACGAGGAGUGUCCUUGACCGGAAGCCAGAUCGAAAGUCGGCGCCGCUCAUUACAUUGAGAAUGGCCAAGAUGAUCAUAGGACAGGCUAUUUGUCAACUUGUUAUCACAUUCGUGUUGAAUUUUGGUGGAAAGACCCUUUUAGGCUGGUACCGAGACUCCGAACAUGAUACCAAGCAGCUCAAGACACUCGUCUUCAACACAUUUGUCUGGUUGCAAAUUUUCAACGAAAUCAACAACCGUCGGUUGGAUAACAAGCUCAACAUCUUUGAAGGUCUCCAUCACAAUGUUUUCUUCAUCAUUAUCAACCUCAUCAUGAUUGGAGGCCAAGUCCUCAUCAUUUUCGUAGGUAGUGAUGCCUUUGAGAUUGUUCGCUUGAACGGUAAAGAAUGGGGACUAUCAAUCGGCCUAGGUGCCAUCUCUGUUCCGUGGGGUGCACUAAUCAGACUCUGUCCCGAUGAGUGGAUUGCUGCGUGUCUCCCAGGCUUCCUCCACAGAAGAUGGAUUUCACCUCCCGCUGAAGACUUGAUGGUUGACAAGUCGCUGGAUUCUGACGAUGAAUUUGUACGGCCACCACUUCGCGUCAUGAGCUCCAUCAGGGGUCCGCGAGUCCAGCAACAUAAACCUCUCCAUCCUUCAACUGAAGCCUCACAAUCGAUCGUCGCAGACGUCCACCACCGACUCUUAGCCGUGUUACAGACGCUCAAUUGCGCUCAUCUAUCAAAAUGGAGCCUCUUCUCCACCAACUACCUGAUGCUCGCCACCGUUUUCACUGCUGGCUUCGCCUGGGAGAUUGGCUUCAACAACGUUAUGGACAAGGUCUGGGACAACAACAACCGAGGCGUACCUAAAGAGCUCCAGCUGGAACUGCUUCGGCAAUUCAUUCAUACAUGCGCGGUGCAGUGGAUUGGGCUGGAUUGGCAGCCCCAGGAUGCAAGGCAACAGGUAAAUCAGCUACUUUUCUACUUCUACACUGUUCAAAUCGCUGACGUCUUUAUCCGCAGAGCACUGUUCCACCAAACCUUUCUCCAAUAUUUGCGGACCCCCACUUCGGUAUUGCCUAUCAAUAAUCGACCUGACGACAUCGCCGACACCGCAAUCGACAUCGUUUGUGCUUUUCUCUCUUUUCCAUCUUCUCUUUUCAUCUCACACAACAAAUGCUACGAUGAGGUUGGUUUGACCAUGGCCCAAUCUAUGUCGACCCAGGAGCAACAGCUCUGCCAGUUCUUGGCCGACCUGCCCUCCCGCUUCAACUACCGCUUCACCGAAGAUGCUUCACGCGAGCUGCUUACCAGCCUCUUCUGGUCUCUCGCUGGAGGAAACAGUGAAUACAUGCGAUUGCUCUUUCCGGACGGUAAAAUCGGAGAGACCCUCAAGCUGAGCGACUCUCAAGGCGCAGUUGAGGGAGCAGAGUAUACUGAGGCAGCGCGGGGGAAGCGAUGUGGGCACAUCUUCAAACCUGGUGAGGCAUCGUACAUGUGCCGCACCUGUGGUACCGACGAAACUUGCUGCCUAUGCGCCCGAUGCUUCGACUCGACCGACCAUACAGGGCACAUGGUUCGAAUCCACAUAUCAGUAGGAAAUAGUGGUUGCUGUGACUGUGGAGAUGAUGAGGCAUGGCGAACGCCUCUGUUCUGCACCAUUCACUCUCACGUUCAGGGAGGCACAGACAAGGGAAAGGGAAAAGAGGCAGCCGGUCUGCCUGAGGAUCUUGUCACGAAUCUACAGAUGACCAUCGGCCGUGUUUUCGACUACAUCUGCGACGUCAUCUCAUGCUCCCCAGAACAGCUGCGACAGGCCAAGACACAAGAAUCGAUUCUUGAAGAUGAACAGUCAUCACGCCUCUCCUCGAAAUAUUACGGUCCCGAUGCCGAGCCAUGUACAGAAUUCGCCCUGAUUCUUUGGAAUGACGAGAAACAUACGGUUCAAGAAGUUCAAGACCAGGUCGCCCGCGCUUGUCGAAAAAGCCGUAAGCUGGCUGCAGAGAAUGCCUGGGAGACUGAUGCUAUUGGACGAAGUAUCCUGACGUAUAUGCCCGACGUGAAGCGACUCUUGGAGAUGGCAGCCAUAAUGGAGGCCAUCAGAGUUACAGUCACGAUUCGGUCUGCAAGAGACACUUUCCGCGAACAAAUGUGCGGCGCCCUUGUUGAGUGGUUGAGUGAUAUUUCUGGUUGCUCUGUCGGCCACGACAACAGCAUUCUCCGACGCACAGUCUGUGAACAGGUAAUGAACCCUUGGCGUCAAGGGAGCCAAGCGACUCAUACGAUGGGUCUGAUUGACGACGAGGAGGAGGAUGAUCAGAUUGUCGACAGCAGACGCCGCUUUGAUGGCAUGAAUGCUAGGUUCAUUCUGGCCUUGCAAGCUGCAGCCAACACCGGUACCGGCGUUCAGAUAGAAAUUGACGACGACUCCGACGAUGAUGGAGAGGACGAAGAAGAUGCGGAUGCAGACAUGGACGAUCAAGGUCAACAUUCUCCUUCCAGCUCAGUGGCUGGAGGAGACGAGGAUGAGGAUGACGACGUCAUGAUGGUCGAUGCCCGCGGAGACGUUGGAGACCUUGGAAUGAAUUGGAGAGACAACGACCAGGCUUUGGAAGAAGACGAAGCAACAAUGGCAGGCUAUCCACCGCCUCCACCGCCUCCUCCUGCUCAAGCUCAGUCUCAGGGUCAGGGUCAAGCCCAGACACAAUCUGAGGCUCCAGCUAGAGCCAGGGACAGAGAAGCAACACCAUCCGACUCGGAUACAGCGGAGCCCCUAAUCGCUCCUUCAAUUUACGCAAAGGCGAACGCGGAAAUUCCCAAAACUCCUGGUAAGACCGAGAAGUUAGUUCCUAGACCUGGGCGUUAUUGGAUCGAGACACCUGCCGUUUAUACACAGCGUGAGAACGUGCCUCCAGCUGAGGAUGUCUUCCGUCGUGUUCGCCUUGACUGGCUAUUGCUGUUCGAUUUGCGGAUGUGGAAGAAGGUGAGAAACGACCUUCGAGCUUUGUACAUCUCUACGGUUGUGACUAUUCCCGAAUUCAAGAGAGUACUGGCCCUCAGAUUCGCCAGUCUUUACACAAUCCUGGCUCAGCUUUACCUGGUUGGAGACCGAGAGCCAGAUCACUCCAUCAUCAAUCUUUCUCUUCAAAUGCUCACCACCCCAUCAAUCACUGCAGAAGUUGUCGAACGCGGAAACUUUAUGACCAGCUUGUUGGCAAUCCUAUACACCUUCUUGACAACCCGUCAAGUUGGACAUCCUUGGGAUGUGUCCCCUGAUGCAGUCUUAGGCUUCGAAAGCGGGUCGGUAACUAACAGACGCAUGUAUCACUUUUACCAAGACCUGAAGUAUCUUUUCGGCGCCCCUCAUGUCCAGGAACGCGUUAGAUGCGAGCCCCGCUACCUCAUGCAGUUCCUUGACCUUGUCAAGCUUCAUCAAUGUAUUGGGCCGAAUGUCAGGGCUGUGGUCGAACAUGUGGAAUACGAGGCCGACUCCUGGAUUACAGCAUCCCUUGUAACCAGGCAGAUCAACCUGCAAGCACGAAACCUUGCUGAGGCGUUCCGCAACUGCCCCCCAGACGAGUUCCACUACCUCCAACAAGCAAUUCGCUUCACCACCAAGACGGUCAUCUUGAACUCUAUCGGCGCCGAACGUCAUCGAUUUAAGCAAGGUGAAAUCAAAGACGAGGUGCAGUUCAAGACAUUAAGUGAUUUUGAGUUCGAUGGCGAAUCUUCAUCGUAUGAUGUCGUCAAGUUCGUUGUCGAGAAGGACGCAAUCAGUUUCCACCAUGCCCUACACUACACGCUGUCCUGGCUCAUUGAGUGUGGCCGAUCUCUUCCUGUGUCAACAAUGCGGAACCUUCUGAGCUUUACUCAACAGGAGCUCAAAUCUAAACCAAGACUGAUGGGAAGGCCUCAAGUGCCGCGAAAGAAUUACAACGCAGAGGAUUAUCUCAUCGCAUCUUUCGACUUCCCUCUCCGUGUUUGCGCUUGGCUUGCCCAGAUCAAAGCCAACAUGUGGGUUCGCAAUGGAAUCAGCCUGCGACACCAAGCCAGCACGUAUCGGGGUGUCGGUCAACGAGAUGUAUCUCAUCAUCGGGAUAUCUUUCUACUUCAGACUGCUUUGGUGAUUUGUAACCCCAGCCGAGUACUGGCCUCGAUUAUAGACCGCUUUGGAAUGGAAAGCUGGGUCAAGGGCUUAUUCGAGCUCAAAUCUGAAGCUCAGGAUGAUGCUCAGCACCUUGAUGUUGUUGAAGAUAUGAUUCAUCUUCUCAUCGUCUUGCUCAGCGACCGGACCUCUUUAAUAUCUUCAGAGGAUGAGACCAAAUCCAGGCUCUUGGCCAUGCGCCGCGACAUUACUCAUGUAUUGUGUUUCAAGCCGCUAUCUUUCAACGAGAUCUGUAACAAAUUGCCUGAGAAGUAUCAAGAGCAAGAAGACUUCCACCGAGUGCUUGAUGAGAUGGCCACUUUCAAACCACCAGAGGGUGUCUCCGAUGUUGGUACUUUCGAACUUCGACCCGAGUACAUUGAGGAGAUUGACCCUUAUAUCGCUCACUACAACAAGAACCAGCGUGAGGAGUCGGAGCUGGCUUACCGAAAGAAGAUGGCGAAGCGAACAGGAAAGAAUGCUGAAGAAAUCGUAUACGAGCCCAAGGCCCGACCAGUCCCUUCGGGCAUGUUUGAGGACUUGGGCGCUUUCACGAGUACCGGCAUGUUUGCUCAAGUCGUCUACUACUCACUCCUCUACCCCCUGGUGGCCGGCAAGUUUACUCCCUCCGUUCCUUUUACUCGACUGGAAACAUUUCUCCAGGUUGUCUUGCAUCUUAUGCUCAUCGCCAUUCUCGAGGACAAGUCGAGUGACGAUGACAUGAGCGAAGAAUCACCAAAGUCCUUUGUCUACAUCGCCCUCACAAAGUUUGGCCGCAGUAACUUUAUGCCUGAAGCCCACAGUUCAAGGACAAUCGUGUCUCUGCUGAAUAUGAUGUCAACCAAGGACGAGUUCAAGGCAGUUCAUCCCAAAAUCGCGCUCGUUCUGAAGCGUCUGCGCCAGAAACGUCCUCGCACCUUUGAGACAGCGUAUGUGAACCUGGGUGCUUCCGUAGACCGUAUAAGCACCGCCUCACCAGCAAACACAUCUGCUGAGGAAGAGCGUGAGAGAAGAAAGAAGGCAGCUCUGAGUCGCCAAGCCAAGGUCAUGGCGCAAUUCCAACAGCAGCAGAAGAGCUUCAUGGAAAACCAGGCUUCCUUUGACUGGGGCAGUGAUAUUGAUGAAGAUGAGGGCGAAGAAGGCGAUGCUGAGCAAACUGAGGACCGAAAACACAACUGGAAGUACCCAGUGGGAACUUGCAUCCUGUGUCAGGAGGAGCCGGACGAUCGUCAUCUCUACGGAACUUUUGCUCACUUCAACGAAAGCCGCAUCCUCCGACAGACAGAUUUCCAAGAUCCUGAUUUCGUUCGUGAGGCAUCACAAACACCAUGCAGUCUUGAUCGAUCGGCCGAGGACGUUCGACCAUUCGGUAUUGCUCACGAAAACCGCAAGAUGGUGGAAAAGAUCAACGCUCAAGGCGAAACUUUUCUCGCGGAGAGACAGACAAUCGGGAAGGGUUUUCCUUCCAAUGUCUGUCGAUCAGGCCCUGUGGCAAGUGGUUGCGGGCAUAUGAUGCAUUAUCGCUGCUUUGAAGUUUACUAUGAAGCGACUGUUCGCCGCCAUACGCAUCAGAUUGCCAGGCAUCAUCCAGAAGAUACUAAGCGCAAUGAGUUUGUCUGUCCUCUAUGUAAGGCCCUAGGCAAUGCAUUCGUACCCAUUAUCUGGAAGGGCAUAGACGAGUCAUACCCAGGCUACCUACAGUCUCAAGGUACAUUCGAGGAAUUUGUCGAGAAGCAAAUGGGAUCUGCUUACUGGAUUGGUGGAAGUAAGGCACGGGAGGACGAGCCUACUGUGCCUGACAUGUUUACUCCAAGUCUUCCAGGAAGCCUUGUUGAGUCCUUGCUCCCAGCCCAAGCUUCGAGCGACACCUCAUGGGGAAGAGAUGAUGCCGAGUCUCAUUCGUCAACUGUCGGCACACCCGCAAGUUACGCAUUUUCUGACUCGGUUACCCCUGAGCCGGUGCAACCUCAACCCGCUACUACCAACAACAACACAGAUGGUAGCCAGUUGAUGAACGAACUAUUAGCAGCCUACCGCCGACUGAGGAAUACACUCCGUGUCAACGGCCUUCGUACUAGCCACCUCAUUGACGCUAAGGGCGACAACGUUGGUGAAUUAUGCGCCAGCGAUACACUGGUGAAGUCUGUGGGCUUCACCAUCUCUUCAAUCGAAGUCCAGCAGCGAGGCAUUGAAGCCCAGCCAGGCAUGACACUCCUGGAGAAGAUCCCUGAACACAUUUUGUCGCACCUCAGAGUCCUAUCAGAGACUGUAUCUUCGUACAUCGCUGUUGGGGCGCAGUCUGGUGGUGCCGAGAACAAGAUUGAGGCCGAAUUCAGGAAGGACAGCGAGCGGCAACACUGUCAGCUGUUUAUGUCGAGGUACUUUGGUACUGGAACUCCUUAUGCUCGCCGACCUCUGGAUGUGUACCCUCCACUGCUGAGCAUGGACUCGUUCCUAUUCUUAGUGGAAUGCUCCUACGGUUUAGUGCCGCUCCAGAAAGCUGAAAUUUCCCACGUUCUUCGACUUUGUUAUCUGGCAGAGCUUGUUAAGCUGGUGUAUCACAUGGGUCGCAAUAUUCCUGUCGCUAACUGGGUUGGCAAUCUCACCAACCGUCAUACGCAGGACCCGGCCAUCAACAAUUUUGCAGACUUUGCUCUCGGCGUUACGAAGACUGGGGUCGAUUUCCAUGCGGCCCAAUUCCCUGAAGGCGUUGAAUUUGGCGAGAACCGUGGCUUCCAGCAACCAGGUGUGGACACUCUAGAGAGCUGGUAUACCUUUUCCAAGAAAUAUGCUCUCACCUUCCUACGGAAAUGUGUCAUUUUCCUGUAUGUCAAGUAUGGCGUAGACUUCAACAGUCAUGUCUCGCCUUCGCCAGAUGCUGAUGAGCUGGAGCGCCUCACUGAAGCUCUUCGGGUUCCAACAUUUGACGAGAUGUGUGCUGCCAUCACAGACAACGCGUCGGCUUGUGGCUGGCCUCAGACAACUUCUGUACUAGUAUCUGGUUGGGUAAAGCAUCAAGUUAUGUGGCCUGGAGACUAUAGCGAGAUUCCUCUCUCGGCAAUGAUGAGCCACCCAGGAAUCUUUGAACUUAUUGGAUUACCAAAGAAUUACGAUGCGCUCAUAGAGGAAGCUACCAGACGAAAAUGCCCUACCACUGGAAAGGAGCUCACAGAUCCUGUCAUAUGCCUUUUCUGCGGAGAACUAUCUUGCAGCCAAGGCACAUGUUGCCAGAAGAUGGACAAUUCUGCCGAACGAACAGAACAUACCAAGAUUGGCGGUGCACAGCAGCAUAUGCGCAAGUGUCAACGGAAUAUUGGAGUGUUCCUCAAUGUGCGCAAGUGCUCGGUGGUAUACCUUUUCCGACUUUCAGGAUCCUUCACGCCAGCGCCUUAUAUCGACAAGUACGGAGAGACGGAUCCUCAGCUGCGUCAUGGGCGACAGCUCUUCCUGAACCAGAAACGAUAUGACUCCAUGAUACGAAAUACGGUGCUCAACCACGGGGUACCGAGCUUGAUCAGCCGCAAGUUGGAGGCGGAGAUUAACAAUGGCGGAUGGGAUACUUUGUAGUAAACGAGCAGAGUUAUUGGUAUGAAGCAAGCCUAUGCUUUACAUUGGGGCUGGGACUAGCGAGUAUGUAGAGGGUUGCAGGCCAUGAUGUGAUAAAUGGUGUAAGACAAUUGGUUUUGGGCUUCUAUAUGCUAUGUGAGUAGUGAUAGCAUGCGACGAUAAUAGAUGCCUAAUGGUAUUUGUAACUUUCAUGUGAGUUUCCAGUGAUACAUAGUAUCUCACUAUAACAGGCCAUUUUUAUAUCUUAGGUCGUUUCGAUAUAUAUAUA